UUCAAUCUGGGGAGAGAAGCGCCCUGGGCGUCCGUAUUCGCCUGCCGCAAAGGCCGUGGGUUUAGGUUUUCUGUCAAACUGAGGGUGACGGUCCCGGCGCUGGCAGGAAGGUUCAAGUCCGGGCACUUCCGGGUGCUUCCUUUUAACUUCCCCGCUGGAACCCGAGUCUCUGAAGCCGGGGACAGCUGAUUGGCUGGAGCCCAGCCCCGCCCCGCCUCGCCCCGCACCUUUAGACAAGCGGACGGCUGCGCGGACUAGAAGAGGUUUCCCCUCCGAGCCUGUGGAUUCCUCCUCCCCGCGGCCUGGGGAAGCGGCGGCAGUCAUGGAGGUCGAUGUCACCGGCGAGCCUGACACCGCCGAAGUGCUUCCCCAGCACAGGUUCGACUGCAGGUCCCUGGAGGCCUACCUGAAUCAGCGCUUACCUGGCUUCAGGGCAGAUCCCGAGGCGACGCUGACUGUUAGCCAAUACAGGUCAGGACAGUCCAAUCCAACCUUUUUCCUCCGGAAGGGCUCUCAAGCUUGUGUACUGAGGAAGAAACCACCAGGCUCACUUCUCCCUAAAGCACACAUGAUCGACAGAGAAUUUAAAGUCCAGAAGGCCUUAUUUUCUGUCGGAUUCCCUGUCGCCAAGCCUUUACUGUACUGCCAAGAUACCUCCAUCAUCGGAACUGAAUUUUACGUGAUGGAAUAUGUGCGGGGUAGAAUCUUUCGUGAUUUUUCAAUUCCUGGAGUCAGCCCCGCAGAACGCGCAGCCAUAUAUGUGUCCAUGAUAGAAACGCUGGCUUGGUUACAUUCACUGAAUAUACAGUCAUUGCAGCUGGAAGGAUAUGGUGCAGGUGUUGGGUACUGCAAAAGACAGGUGUCCACCUGGACGCGGCAGUACCAGGCUGCGGCCCAUCAGGACAUCCCUGCCAUGGAGCAGCUCUCCAAGUGGCUGAUGAACAACUUGCCGGAAAAUGACAAUGAGGAGAGUCUGAUUCACGGAGAUUUCAAGCUAGAUAACAUCGUUUUCCAUCCCACAGAGUCUCGAGUUAUAGCAAUACUGGAUUGGGAGCUUUCAACCAUUGGUCACCCUCUGUCAGACUUAGCUCAUCUCUCUCUGUUUUACUUUUGGCCAAGGACACUUCCAAUGAUAAAUAAAGGUUCUUGUAUCCAAGAAAGCACAGGAAUACCAUCGAUGGAAGAACUUAUUUCAAUAUAUUGCAAAUGCAGGGGAAUUAAUUCUAAUCUUCCCAACUGGAACUUCUUCCUCGCACUUUCAUAUUUCAAACUGGCUGGAAUAGCACAGGGUGUCUAUAGUAGAUAUCUUUUGGGAAAUAAUUCUUCUAAGGAUAGCUUUCUCUUUGCCAAUACGGUGCGGCCUCUGGCAGAAACUGGAUUACAGCUGUCAAAAAGGACCUUCAAUACCGCAUUGCUGGAGGCUGAUGCUGACAAGCAGUUGUUUGCGCAGAGUAGGAAGGGCCGAGAAGUCCUUGCUAGGGUGAAGCAUUUCAUGAAACAGCACGUCUUCCCAGCCGAAAAGGAGGUAUUAGAAUACUACACCCAAGAAGAGAAGUCAGUGGAGAAGUGGAGACAGCCUUUAGUGAUUGAUAAACUCAAGGAAAUGGCCAAAGCAGAGGGCCUCUGGAACUUGUUCCUGCCAGCUGAGAGCGGCCUCAGCCAGGUGGACUACGCCCUGAUUGCUGAAGAGACAGGAAAAUGCUCUUUUGCUCCAGAUGUCUUCAACUGCCAAGCACCAGACACAGGAAACAUGGAGGUGCUGCACCUAUAUGGAAGUGAGGAACAGAAGCAGCAGUGGCUGGAGCCUCUGCUUCGAGGGGAUAUAACCUCGGCCUUCUGUAUGACAGAGCCCGACGUUGCGUCAAGUGAUGCCACAAACAUUGAGUGUACAAUCCUGCGAGAUGGAGAUAGUUAUAUUGUUCAUGGCAAGAAAUGGUGGAGCAGUGGAGCUGGGAAUCCCAAGUGCAAAAUUGCAGUUGUUUUGGGAAGAAUGGAAACUGCUUCUGCAUCAAGACACAAACAACACAGCAUGAUCCUUGUUCCAAUGAACACACCCGGUGUGGAGCUAAUCAGGCCGUUGUCAGUGUUUGGCUACAUGGAUGAGUUGCAUGGAGGACACUGGGAAGUCCAUUUCAACCACGUGAGAGUUCCUGCCACCAAUUUAAUACUAGGUGAAGGUCGAGGAUUUGAAAUUUCCCAAGGCCGCCUCGGACCUGGCCGAAUCCAUCACUGUAUGAGAUCAGUGGGUUUGGCAGAACGUGCUUUGCAGAUCAUGUGUGAGCGGGCCGCACAGAGGGAAGCCUUUAAGAAGAAACUGUAUGAACAUGAGGUCGUGGCGCACGGGAUUGCCGAAAGCCGCAUCGCCAUCGAGCAGAUCCGCUUGCUGACCUUGAAAGCCGCCCACAGCAUAGACACGCGGGGCAGCGCUGCGGCCAGGAAGGAGAUCGCAAUGAUCAAAGUGGCUGCCCCGCGGGCCGUCGGCGAGGUCAUUGACCGGGCCAUCCAGGUGCACGGAGGGGCAGGAGUUUCCCAGGAUUUCCCUCUGGCUAACAUGUAUGCCUUAAUACGCACUCUGCGCUUAGCAGAUGGGCCCGAUGAAGUCCACCUGUCAGCCAUCGCAAAGAUGGAGCUUCAGGACCAAGCCAGAAGGUUGCCGGCCAAGAUGUGAGGAGCACCGCCUGCCACGCGCUGUGGAGCUGGGCUGUGGCGUGCAGCCCCCAGCCACUGCCCCGCUGGCUCUCCUCCUCUCACAGUUAGUCAUCACUUAUGGAAAAGAUUUUAGCAUCUGUUUUGAUCAGUGGGUUUUAUAAUGUUAAGGUUCGUAUGCACAUAAGGCAAAUCAGAAAUGCCACAGCUACCUGAGUGGUUUAGCACUUACCUUAUACACGUAACUUGUAACAAGUUCACAAGGCAAAUCAGAGACCUGUCUAAAGCAAGAGCGUAGACAUAUUUUCAUGAAUUAAUCUCUGUGAUUAAAAAUCUCUGGGAAUAUUCCAUAUAUGUGUAUGCGUAUGUAUACAUACAUACAUAUGUAAUUAUUCUUAUCUUUAGACCCAUGUGAAUGCUAGUUUUAGAAGUUAGGGUAGCACUGCGUAUUGUUUGCAUUGGAGAAAGACAGGUAACCGGUGGGUUUGUUUCAGAAGGCACAUCAUGAUAAGCUUCUUUGUAAUCCAGUGUGAAGCACUUCUGUCCUGUGCGGUUUACAGUUUGUGAUAAAACGUAGCAUACUUGAGAAGAUAUAACUAAGAACAGUGCUGGUUAUUUAUAAAGUAUUGAUGAAAACAAGAAAGGCCUUUAAUCUUGAGGACAGUGCACUCUGAAUGCCACUGCACUCAUCAGUAACUCCCUGGGGCUGUCUCUGUCACCUCUGUCCCGCAGUGGACAACCAUGGCCACCAGUGACUCUGGGCGCUUGAAUAUGGCAAGCACGACAGAGGGACUGAGUUGACAGCUUUGAACUUUUUAUAAUUGAAAAGCAGAUUCUCAGUUCAGUCUCUGGGAAACUUUGAAGUAUGUUUGGAAUGACUAGGGUGUGUGCAUCUACGUUGUCAGCAAUAAAUUUCAUGAAAUUUACAGAGAAAGUAUUUUGAAUCAAAAUUUAGUAGCCAAAUAAACAGAGUAAGUGCAACAUACACACCAGAUUUUGAAAAGUUAGCAUGAAAAUGCUUCAGUGCCUUGUUAAUAAUACUGUUUUACACUGAUUAUGCUUUGAAAUUAUAUUCUGAAAUAACUGAUUUAAAUAAAAUAUAUUCACAUCUCA